GAGAAAACCCACAAUCCCGCUCGCCCUCAGGGUUUUGGCGUGGCAGAGGAGGCCGGGAGAGGAGCAAGGAGGGUUUACGGCGAUGGCGAAAGCAAGUGCUCCCAUGGAGAUCGACGAUGCCUCGCUACCCUCUUCGACGACCGACAAGGGGAAAUCGCUUUUUGCCAGUGACCCCAAAUCUGCGCCUUGGGUGGAGAAGUAUAGACCCCAAUCCCUCGCGGACGUUGCCGCCCACCGUGACAUCAUAGACACCAUCGAUCGCCUGACGAGCGAGAAUAGGCUACCGCAUCUUCUCCUUUACGGGCCUCCGGGGACUGGAAAGACGUCCACGAUCCUGGCUGUUGCCCGGAAGCUCUAUGGAGCGCAGUAUAAAAAUAUGAUUUUGGAGCUCAACGCGUCCGAUGAUAGGGGCAUUGAUGUUGUUCGCCAGCAGAUUCAGAAUUUUGCCAGUGCAAGAAGUCUUUCCUUCGGAACAAAGUCUACUGUAAAGUUGGUCCUACUAGAUGAAGCAGAUGCCAUGACCAAAGAUGCUCAAUUUGCAUUGAGACGAGUGAUUGAGAAACAUACAAAGAGCACAAGGUUUGCUCUUAUCUGUAAUCAUGUGAACAAGAUCAUUCCUGCUCUGCAGUCAAGAUGCACUCGGUUUCGUUUUGCUCCACUUGAUUCAAGCAACAUUAGAGAACGCUUGGAACAUGUGAUAAAAGCUGAAGGGCUUGACGUAGAUCAGGGCGGGUUGACAUCAUUGGUGAGGCUGAGCAAUGGUGAUAUGAGAAAGGCUCUGAAUAUUUUGCAGUCUACCCAUAUGUCAUCUCAGCAUAUAAACGAAGAAGCUGUAUAUCUGUGCACCGGAAAUCCAAUGCCAAAAGACAUUGAACAGAUUGCUUAUUGGUUAUUGAAUGAGUCCUUUAAAUCUGCUUUUAAUUAUAUAUCUGAUGUCAAAAUGAGGAAAGGACUGGCGUUGGUGGAUAUCGUGAGGGAGGUUACAAUGUUUGUUUUCAAAAUCAAAAUGCCACCUACUAUCCGAGUCAAGCUAAUCAAUGAUUUGGCAGAUAUAGAAUAUCGAUUGAGCUUUGCCUGCAAUGACAAGUUGCAGCUUGGUUCGCUCAUCUCCACUUUCACAAAUGCUCGGUGUGCCUUGGUUGCUGCCGUUUAGUGAUUCUAUUUUUCAUUCCUACUUUUUUUUGUUUCUCUCGAAUCCAUAUUUACAUUUGUUCCAGGAAAAUAUUACUGAAACAGUGUGGUCUGUUCAUGUUGCUGAUGAAACUUGUGCAAAAUUACAUGAUUUAGAAAUGCUUUGUCAAUCUUCUAUCUCUUAAGGUGCAUAUCUCGGUUAAUCGUU